CAGGGAAUGACUCCACUGAACAUACAGACGCGAUCCCAGAGACGAGGCGGCUGACAGAAGUUGUUCAGACUGUAUGGAGAAUAUGGUGAGAUCUACAUCUGAGAAGACGUCACCUGGGAGGCCCUGGAUGUGACAGAUGAGGAAGCCAGUAGUGGAAAAGAUGAGGCGGGACCGCAUUAACAGCAGCAUCAACCAACUACGUAAACUUUUAGAGCAAGAAUUCCAGCUUCUCCAGCCCGACUCCAAGCCAGAGAAGGCUGAUGUCCUGGAAACCGCCGUUCAGUUCCUUAGACAGCAACAGAUCUGCAACCACCAGGGAAUGAAAUCAGUUCAUAGAACAGAUCACCAGCAAUACAGACACGGCUACUCCAAGUGCCUUCAUGAAGCCCUCUCCUAUCUAUCAGCCCAUCACACAGGGCAGGAGACUCAGGUUAAGUUACUGAAUCACUUUCACCAACUGGAGAGCCAACCAAGAAAUCUCAGCUGCCUCAUGUCACCUCCUAAAUCCAUCUCUGAGCGGGCAAAUCAACAGGAACAGCCUCUCAUCGCCAAUACCAAGUACUUGUGGAGACCCUGGCAGAAGAUCUGAUUGGCUUUUAAGAUCCUUGUCACAUUGAUAAGUGGCUGGGAUCUUCAAGAGGUCUUCAAGAGACUACUGUGAUCACAAGUGUCCCCUUGUAUUUUCUAUUCGAGGAUAAUAUGGUCUGCUUCAUAAUGAAGAAUGAAUUAUGCACUUAGAUCAGAGAUCUCCAACCUACAGCCUUCCGGCUGUUCAAAAACUACAACUCUUAGCAGGUCCUGGCAGCCGACAAUAGACAGAGAUGUAGCUUUGAAACAGCUGGAGAGCCACUGUUUGGAGGCUACUGACAUCAAUGAGAUAUUAAAGGGUUUAACCGAUUGGAAAUCCCUUUUAAAUAUGACCUAUUAAGACAUUAUUGGGUCCCUUUAAUAGGACCCCCUCACUUAGCCAGACCAGAAACCCACUGCAAAAUGCGGUUGUCACUUUAAUGGCUGCUGAUUACACGAAUAACUGUUAGGUUCAAUUGGCACCAUGCUUUAUUUCCCUGCUUUGGCAAAAGACAUCUCAGCAUGGGCAGGGCUAGCAAUGUGUAGUGGACCUGCCCAUGUUGACCUAUGAACUAUUUGAAGUGGGACCAAAUUAAUUAAAGGGGUAUUCAAUGUGAGCAACGCCUUUAAAGGGAUUUUUGAGAAUUCUUAUAAUACCUGGCCCACCUCCACAAACCUCUCCAAUAAUUUGGCAUGAAUUGGACUGUGUAUAGCGGAGAUAACAAGUGCUUCCACCAUAAUCUAAAAUGUAAUUAAUACAAUAUGUGCUGUAUUAUUGAAUGACAUAGACAUGUUGGCUGUGUACCGAAAUAUUUCCACUAAGGAACUAGAAGCGAUCUAUAUAUAUCCUUCUUUGUUGCCUAUGGCAACAGUUUAAUUGCUACAUUCAAUGUAUCGUCAAUUGAAUUACAAUGUGUUUAUUUUUUUAAACUUUGCUUAAUUUGUAAAACUUAUUAAGGGGGUAAUUGUCUGCAUUAGAUGCAUCUGGGUGUAAAUUUGUAUGUCAGAGGACAAAAAGUUCUUCAUAAA